AGAAAAUGGAAAGAAAGCAUGGCAAGGACUUUAAGCCGGUCCAUCUUCUUAAAUUCCCCAGUUAAUCGUUCCUCUAUUUCUCUUCUGAAUCGCUCCAAUCCUAAUCUUACAUUCCCAAAAUACCCUUCUAAUCUCUCCAAAAUUUCCAACUUCCCGCUCGCUCAUUCAUCAAUGGACGCCCCUCCUGAAGGUUAUCGAAGAAAUGUCGGAAUCUGUCUCAUUAAUUCUUCCAAAAAGAUUUUUGCUGCUUCAAGACUCGAUAUACCCGAUUCCUGGCAAAUGCCCCAGGGUGGCAUUGAUGAGGGUGAAGAUCCAAAAGUUGCAGCCAUUCGAGAAUUAAGAGAAGAAACUGGAAUCAGCUCAGCAGAAGUUCUUGCUGAGACACCUCAUUGGUUGACUUAUGAUUUCCCUCCUGACGUCAGGGAAAAACUUAAACAUCAAUGGGGAUCUGACUGGAAAGGUCAAGCACAGAAGUGGUUUCUUCUUAAGUUCACUGGGAAGGAGGAAGAGAUCAAUCUUCUGGGUGAUGGGAAUGAAAAACCCGAGUUCGGGCAGUGGUCAUGGAUGUCACCUGAACAAGUAAUUGAGCAAGCCGUUGAUUUCAAGAAGCCUGUUUACAAGGAAGUUUUUACAGUUUUCACUCCUUAUCUUCAAUAAUAUUAUGUGUAAAGUUUUUUGCAAUGCUAUUAUCAUUUCAUACAUGGUCAUAAUAAUUUACAGAACCAUGACUUUUUGCCGUGUAAUGUGUAUAUUGGAUAUCACCCGCAUUUUACAACUUGUAACGAAUAAUGAUAUGAUAUCCUUG